AUCCGGAGACAGAAAAAGAACAAGGCUGUAGCUUCCCAAUUUUGUGGGGAGCAGCCAGCGAGGGAGGCCACCGCAAUAAACAAAGUACAGUGACCGGAGACAGGGCUGCCAUUGGCUGGCCGACCCGCCACCGGUCCGUUGAUUCUCGAAAACCACGUCCCGGCCUCCGCCCCUUUCCCACAUGGGCCUCUCCGCCUUCCAGUUCCGCCUAUUAAUACGAGGGGGGGUCCCCGGUUUCCCGACUCCGCCCACUAACGGUUCCGCCAACCCCCGUUCCGUCACUCCCUUCCCUUCUUCCCCCGCUACUGCUUCUGCCCGGACACUGAGAUCGCCCAUGGCUAGUGGCAAUUCGAACGGCAAGAGGGCUCGCAUUUUCUCCGAGCACCACCUGCGACAUGUCGAGUCCAUGUCGGUAUUGCCGUCCGGCGCCGGCACGAUCUCCCGCCUCAACGCGGUCAUCCUCGGCGAGUCGCUCGCCUCCGAGGAGGAUGACCUUGUCUUCCCUAGCCCCGAUUUUACCAAGCAGGCACUCGUCUCGUCCCCCGAGCAGUACAUGAGAAUGUACGCGAGGUCGAUCGAGGACCCUUCUGGCUUCUGGUCGGAGAUGGCGUCGGAGUUCUACUGGAAAGAAAGGUGGGGGAUGGAGGUGUUCUCGGAGAAUUUGGAUGUGCGGAAAGGCAGAGUGAGCAUCGAGUGGUUCAAAGGAGGUAAGACAAACAUAUGCUACAAUGCUCUGGAUCGGCAGAUUGAAUCUGGAAACGGUGACAAAAUUGCAUUAUACUGGGAAGGCAAUGAACCUGGUGAAGAUGGGAAAAUGACAUACAAUGAACUACUGCAGAACGUUUGCCAGUUGUCAAACUUCUUGAAAGAUGUUGGAGUUCAAAAGGGAGAUGCAGUUGUAAUUUAUUUGCCUAUGCUUAUGGAGCUUCCAGCAGCAAUGCUUGCAUGUGCUCGAAUUGGAGCUGUUCACUCUGUUGUAUUUGCUGGAUUUUCUGCAGAAUCUCUUGCCCAAAGGAUAAUCGACUGCAAACCUAAAGUUGUGAUAACCUGUAAUGCUGUACGGCGUGGCCCUAAAACUAUAUAUUUGAAAGAUAUAGUAGAUUCUGCUCUUGCUGAAUCAACAAAAAGUGGUGCAUCCAUAGAUGUUUGCUUGGUAUAUGAGAAUAAAUCUGCAUUGAAGAGAGAAGCAACCAAAUGGCAAGAGGAAAGAGAUAUGUGGUGGCAGGAUACGAUCCCACAGUACUCAACUGAAUGUGCUGUCGAGUGGGUUGAUGCAGAAGAUCCACUCUUUCUGUUAUAUACCAGUGGAAGCACUGGAAAGCCAAAGGGUGUUCUACAUACAACUGGAGGGUAUAUGAUAUAUACAGCAGCAACAUUUAAGUAUGCAUUUGACUACAAGCCAACAGAUAUAUACUGGUGCACUGCUGACUGUGGAUGGAUCACUGGACACAGCUAUGUUACAUAUGGUCCUUUAUUGAAUGGGGCAACUGUACUUGUAUAUGAAGGGGCACCAAAUUAUCCAAAUGCUGGACGUUGUUGGGAAAUUGUUGAUAAAUAUGGGGUGACAAUAUUCUACACUGCCCCAACUUUAGUGCGGUCCCUUAUGAGGGAGGGUGAUGAGUUUGUAAAUCAGUAUUCUCGCAAAUCCUUGAGAGUUCUUGGAAGUGUUGGAGAGCCAAUUAAUCCAAGUGCAUGGAGGUGGUUUUUCAAUGUUGUUGGUGAUGCACGGUGCCCAAUAUCAGAUACCUGGUGGCAAACAGAAACUGGGGGCUUUAUGAUAUUGCCGUUGCCUGGUGCAUGGCCUCAAAAGCCAGGUUCUGCAACAUUUCCAUUUUUCGGUGUACAGCCUGUGAUAGUGGAUGAGAAGGGAAAUGAAAUUGAAGGAGAAUGCAAUGGUUAUCUGUGCAUAAAGAGGUCAUGGCCUGGUGCUUUCAGAACUCUAUAUGGUGAUCAUGAAAGAUACGAAACAACUUAUUUUAAGCCUUUCCAGGGAUAUUAUUUCACUGGUGAUGGUUGUAGUAGGGACAAGGAUGGUUAUUACUGGCUGACUGGUAGGGUUGAUGAUGUCAUUAACGUGAGUGGACAUCGUAUCGGCACAGCAGAAGUAGAAUCUGCUCUUGUUUCACACCCACAAUGCGCAGAAGCUGCCGUGGUUGGAGUUGAGCAUGAAGUCAAAGGCCAGGGAAUUUAUGCUUUUGUUACCUUAGUGGAUGGUGUUCAAUAUAGCGAAGAGCUACGGAAAAGCUUAAUUAUGACCGUCAGAAGUCAGAUUGGAGCGUUCGCUGCUCCGGAUGCAAUUCAUUGGGCUCCAGGUUUACCGAAGACACGAAGUGGGAAGAUAAUGAGAAGGAUCCUUAGGAAGAUAGCAUCGAGGCAACUAGAAGAUCUUGGUGACACCAGCACGCUUGCCGACCCGGGUAUCGUAGAGCAGUUAAUUGCACUUAUCGACCAUUGAAUCAACUUGUGCAUUUUUUCUGUAUCUGCUUCGUGUUUAUAUUCAUUUUUAGAUGUGCCGAACAAUGUGGAGUUUUAUGCUCGCUGAGCUUGUAAUAAGGACUAAAAGUUCAAUGUAUUUACUUUAGCAUAA